AUGGGAGGCAUGGUAGUUUUAUUGGCUGGUGAUUUCCGUCAAACCCUCCCAGUGAUUCAAAGGGGGACACCAGCAGAUGAAAUUCAAGCGUGCAUUAAAUCAUCAAGCUUAUGGCCGACAGUCAAAAAACUUCGCCUGAAAACGAAUAUGAGAGUGCAUCUUCAUAAUGACGUGGAUUCAGGACUUUACGCAGAAAUGAUCAACACUGACAUUUUAAACGAGUUUCAAGGAGAAAAGAAGGAAUAUUUGUCAAUGGAUACAAUUAUGGAUACGGAACUAAGUACUUCAUAUCCUGUAGAGUUUUUAAAUUCACUUGAACCAUCGGGUGUACCGUCACAUAAACUUCAAUUGAAACUAAAUGUACCAGUAAUACUUAUGCGAAAUCUAGAUGCUCCUCGGCUAUGUAAUGGAACAAAGCUUCGGAUAACAAAAUUGGGACAGAACAUUCUUGGUGCUACUAUUUUAACAGGUGUCG